AUGAGAGGAACAGAUCUGGAGGGAGGACUGAGGGAGGCAGACAAAGAGAGAGAAGGAAAGAGGUUCAGAAGUGACCGCAGAUGGAGCUCACAGUGUGACGUGCUGUACCAAAUUCAGUACCAGUACAACGGCCGACUGCAGGCACUGUACAACAGCUCUACAGAGAAGGUGGUGGGAUUCACAGAGUAUGGAAAAGUGUUUGCAGACAUUGUAAAUAAUGACACUCACUACCUGCGAGUCAGGAGAAACGACCUGAACUACUACUGCAAAAUCCAAGCUGACCUGAUCUACAGAACCAUUCGGGGCAAAGCAGUGCCUCCUGUCACCAGGCUGAAGACAGUGAGGUCUGGCAGCGGUGGAGGCUCAGUGGUUUUGGUCUGCAGUGCCUACAACUUCUACCCCCGGCAGAUCAGACUGUCCUGGCUGAGGGAUGGUGUCCCCAUACCAGACCCCCCAGGUGUGAUUCUUACAGAGAUGCCUGGUGGGGCCUGGCGCUACCAGAUCCAUUCCCACCUGGAACACAGCCUGAAGACGGGGCAAAACAUCAGCUGCGUGGUGGAGCACGUGGGGCUGCAGGAGCCUCGGCUUCUGCACCUGGAGUACUCCGAGGUGGUCGGGCUGCCGCUGGGAGGCUCCGUUCUGGGGGUUGGAGUGACUGUCCUGCUCUGCGCGAUGGGAUGUUUAUGGAGGAAGACACACUGAGCAGGAAGUGCCAGGACAUUACAGUGGAACAAGUACUGCUUUCCAGUCUCACCAGCCCAGAUGGAUGUGUGGCUCUGAAGUCCAACUACAUCAUCAAGUGUUGGACCUUUAUACAGCAUAGAUUUGCGGCCUGGCUACAUUUUUGUUGGCAGACAGGCAAACGUUUCCAGAUCCUGCCAGAAGAUCACUAAGGAUGAGGCAGUCAGCAUGGAUCUUCCAGGACAUUAGUGUGAAACCAGCACAGAUACUUUGGUGCCCAGUUUCCAUGUGAGAUUAUUGCCCAAUGAACUCUACAAGUCAUAUUUAAAUUAACCAAAGAGAUUACACAAUGAUGGGCAGAAAUGUCUCACUAGAAACAGAAUAUGAGUCAUUUAUAUUAGCAGCUGAUUGUGUUAACUUCAAUAAUUGCAUAGAACUGAAUUUGGUUUAACUAAAAUAAUUGCAUUAAAAAAUUAAAUCUGAAUCGCACAAUUUCAAAAAAAUAUUUUAACUUAAUUCAAAUAAACUUGAAACUGAAUAUAAUUGAAUUGAAUUGCUCUGAAACUGUAUUUGAUCCUCACUGAAAAUUCAACUCUCUAUAUACUUUCACAUUUAGUUCUCACUAUUGAGAUCCAGUUUUGCUGAAACACACAUUCAGGUCCUUGAGGAAGAGCAAUCGAAUGCAGAUCCAGACUUAUUUUUACCAUUUCCUUUACUCCUGGAAAACGACAUUCAGUUCAGUUCAAUUCAACUUUAAUGUCAGAAAAAACAUCAUUACAGACACACACCACCUCCUGUGAUUGGGACUGAGUCAGAAUAAACUACAGUGUUCAUGGUGAUGGUUUACUGGUUUCACCUCUUGUGUGUCUCAGGUGUCGGCGUUGCUCUGUUGUACGCCGCCACCCUCACCAUCACCUGUCUGUACUUUGACUAGAAGAGAGUCCUGGCCCUGGGGAUAGGGACCACAGGUACAUGUGUCACAUGACCAUGUCACUUCCUGUCCGCCCUCUCCCUCUGUUUACUAAACUCCCUCUUCGCAGAUGUUCACGUGACAGUGGCGUCUCUUGCUGAUAGCGUCUUACGUCACUAACCCUAAGACAGAACAGCAUGAACUGCCGUGUCGAGCUGUCAGUCUCUGGCUGUCUGUCUUUCUCAGGUGCGAGCGUGGGCAGCUUCCUGUACGCCACGCUGCAGCACGAGCUCGCCAAGCUGUUUGGCCUGGAUGGCAGUCUGCUGGUCAUCGGAGCGCUGGCGCUCAACGGGGUGGUGUAAGCCGGCCCCAUGCGACCUUUGGCCCCGCCCAGAAGACAGUGAAUCAGUUUUUCAGCAUCACAUCAGGCCGAGACGCGUCGAGCUUUGGUCGUGUGCAUUUAUUGAUGCUGCUGAUGUGAGUUUGAGACUUGAAUCCAAAAUGACUCAAACUCCUCACUUCAGAUUUGAUCAUUGUCAUGAUGUGAUGAAGAAAGAGUGAGAGCUCUGGUCUUCAGAUAUACAUCACACUUUGGGGCAAAUAAAACUCAUCAUUUAACUUUACCUACAUGUUUUUGGCAGUCGAGUAGGUUGUAAGUGAGGUCAAAGCCUGAGGGCUCCACUGAGCUCGUCCUGGACGACCCCGGCUUUUAUUUGUUCCAGAGAGGACGGCGAGUUUGCAGCCUGGGCGCCGAGGCUCUGAAUCAGUGAACUCUUUUUAUUCUCCCAUUAAAACCAACACAUUCUCAUCUCAAUGCAUCAUAACUGACAAAGCGUAAGGAUUUUACUCUAAAGGUACCCUUCAGCGUCCGUAUGAAACGCCCCCGUUUGCUACGUUGCAGCAACACAAGGGAGGCUAACCCUACCUGUUAGCACAUCAGCUGGUUAACAUGCUUAAAUUCAGUGACUUAGGUUUAGGCACUAAUAUUUCUGAUGGUUGUGGUAAGGGUGCGGGCUUCAGGGGGCUGUCAACACCUUUAUCAAGAACGUAGCUAACGCUAGCUAGCUAGCACUUCCGGUCUGUACGGGACGCCCCAGAGCGUCUCACUCAGUCAAAUAACUACACUUUGUCACUCUUUCUCAAAUCGUCGGUAUAUGACGCCCUGAGAUGAGAACUGGCUCAAAACAUAUUUCUAUCGAAGAGCCUUCCCUGAUUUACAUUAUUUUAUUUGAAGUAUAAUUUAAAUGUUGCCUUCAUGUUUUAACUGGUGGAAAUAGUUUUAAAUCAAUACUUUUAUGACUUGAAAUGUUGGUUUGGAAAGUGCUCUGUUAAAAAAAGAUUUUAUUAUUAUGUGUAUACCUGAGUGUCGUCAGCAAAGCUGUGAUAAAUGAUGUUUGUUCCGACUGGUGUGAAGUUUGAUUAUAUUAAACCUCAGUAGGUUU